GCAUCUGGUGACUUGAGUGCAUUUACCUCUAAAAUGCAAAGCAGACAAAUGGGGACGUCAGGGCGAAAUAUUAUGAAGAGCACAAGUGUAAGUGAGGAGAUGUAUAGCCUGGAAAAUAACGAUGGCAGUCAGUCGGAUACUGCUGUGGGAACAAUAGGAUCAGGAGGCAAAAAGCGAAGGUCAAGCCUGGGUGCCAAAAUGGUAGCUAUUGUUGGAUUGACAAGAAGGAGUAGAAGCACAUCUCAGCUCAGCCAGACUGAAGCUGGAGGAAGGAAAUCCAGAAAUGCCAUCCAAAGAAGCACAGAGACUGGCCUGGCAGUGGAAAUGCGCCGCAUGACUCGACAGGCCAGCCGGGAGUCCACGGACGGGAGUAUGAACAGCUACAGUUCUGAGGGAAAUUUAUUCCCUGGGAUGAGACUGGGAGCUGACAGUCAGUUCAGCGACUUCCUCGAUGGGCUGGGACCUGCACAACUUGUUGGGAGACAGACAUUAGCAACUCCUGCCAUGGGUGACAUUCAGAUCGGGAUGAUAGAUCGGAAAGGGCAGCUGGAAGUUGAAGUAAUUCGAGCCCGAGGCCUCAAUCAAAAAACAGGCUCUAAAUCACUCCCAGCUCCUUACGUCAAAGUGUAUUUGUUGGAAAAUGGUGUGUGCAUAGCCAAAAAGAAGACAAAAAUUGCACGGAAAACACUUGAUCCACUCUAUCAACAGUCAUUACUGUUUGAAGAAAGCCCACAGGGUAAAGUUUUACAGGUGAUAGUCUGGGGAGAUUAUGGCCGAAUGGACCACAAAUGUUUUAUGGGAGUGGCACAGAUCCUGUUGGAAGAGCUUGAUCUAUCCAGCAUGGUGAUUGGCUGGUACAAACUGUUUCCAACGUCUUCAUUGGUGGACCCCACCUUGACUCCACUUACUCGCAGAGCUUCCCAAACAUCUCUUGAGAGUUCGACUGGACCUCCCUGUGUUCGGUCAUAG